AUGGGAAUGUAUUUACAUCUGCUGUUUUUGCAGUACUAUUUCGUCUCGAGCUUCGUGUGCAACGCCGUCGCUUUUGUGGAGGAGCCCUCCGGAGGCAGAUUGGACGGGUACUGCGGGCGGAUCCUCCGGGCGCAAACACAGGGCACCCGGAGGGAUGGGCACCAUGAGUUCAGGCUCAGAGUGGAGGGGGACCCGGAAACCUAUCAGCCGGGCAGCACCUACAGAGUGGUCCUCCUGGCAACCAGCCCAUCUUAUUUCAGAGGUUUCACCCUCAUCGCACUGAAGGAGGGCAGAGAGGGCACCACGGAUGACGACUACACCGGCCAGUUCCAGAAUAUUGAUGAGGAGGACACACAGUUCAUGACCAACUGUGCCCCGGCUGUGACGGAGAGCACACCUCGCAGGCGCACCAGGAUACAGGUCUUCUGGACUGCGCCGCCUACUGGGUCUGGUUGUGUUAUACUGAAGGCCAGUAUUGUCCAGAAGAGAAUAAUUUAUUUCCAGGAUGAAGGCUCUCUCACUAUUCAACUGUGUGAGAAAGAACGUGUGUUUGGUGAAGCCACAGAAGCUCCUGCUAUGGAGUGCUGCGCCUGUGGAACAGCCAAGUACAGACUCACCUUCCACGGAAACUGGUCAGAGAAAAUACAUCCCAAGGACUACCCAAGACGAGCCAACCACUGGUCGGCUCUGAUUGGUGCGUCUCACUCAAGACGCUACGUGCUAUGGGAGUAUGGAGGCUACGCCAGUGAAGGCGUCCGUCAGGUCGCAGAGUUCGGCUCCCCCAUCAAGAUGGAAGAACAGAUUCGACAGAAGGGAGAUGAAGUACUGACUGUCAUUAAAACUAAGGCUCAGUGGCCGGCAUGGCAGCCGCUCAACCUGCGAGCAGCUCCAUCAGCAGAGUUUUCUGUGGAUCGGACCCGUCACCUGAUGUCCUUCCUAACAAUGCUCGGGCCCAGCCCAGACUGGAAUGUGGGGCUCUCAGGAGAGGAUCUGUGCACCAAGGAGUGCGGCUGGGUCCAGAGGCUAGAGACAGACCUCAUUCCCUGGGAUGCAGGCACUGACAAUGGUGUCACAUAUGAGUCACCAAACAAGCCCACCAUUCCUCAGGAGAAGAUCCGAUCCUUGACCAGUUUGGACCAUCCCCAAAGCCCUUUCUAUGAUCCUGAAGGAGGGGCCAUUACCCCUGUAGCCAAGCUGGUGGUGGAACGCAUUGCUAGAAAGGGAGAGCAGUGUAAUGUGGUCCCGGACACCAUUGAUGACAUCGUAGCUGAUAUUGGACAGGAGGAGAAAGUGACAGAUGACACACCAGAGACGUGUAUCUACUCAGGCUGGUCUCCCUGGUCGGCCUGUAGCAGCGCUACGUGUGAAAAAGGCCGCAGGAUGAGGCAGAGGAUGCUGAAGGCCCAGCUGGACCUCAGUGUGCCGUGUCCACACACUCAAGAUUUCCAACCCUGCAUGGGACCGGGAUGCAGUAUGGAGGAGCCAUCAACGUGUAUGAUGUCGGAGUGGAUCAGCUGGUCGGCCUGCAGUGUGUCCUGUGGGAUGGGGAUGAGGUCUAGAGAACGAUAUGUCAAACAGUAUCCUGAGGACGGCUCCAACUGCCAGCUCCAAACUGAGGAGACGGAGAAGUGUGUGGUCAACGAUGAAUGCUCACCCAGCAGCUGUGUGGUGACUGAGUGGGCUGAGUGGGACCCCUGCAGCGUCACCUGUGGCUUGGGUAUGAGAAGACGUGAGCGCAUGGUGAAGAUGCCUCCUAUAGACGGAUCAAUGUGUAAGACAGAGGUGGCCGAAGUGGAGAAAUGCAUGAUGUCGGAAUGCCACACUAUCCCCUGCAUGCUGUCCCCCUGGUCUGACUGGAGUGAGUGUACUGUGACAUGUGGGCGGGGCAUGCGAACACGUCAGAGGAUGCUGAAGUCUGAUCCUGCAGAGUGCACAGAGGAGCUGGAGCAGACAGAGAAGUGCAUGUUGCCCGAGUGCCCCGUAGACUGCAUGGUCUCUGAGUGGUCGGAGUGGUCGGAGUGCAACAAGUCCUGUGGUAAAGGACACACCAUUCGAACCCGUAUGAUCAAACUGGAGCCACAGUUAGGAGGCAGCGCCUGUCCCGAGACCAUCCAGAGGAAGAAAUGCAAGAUCAGGAAGUGCCGAACGAAAGCGAAGGAGGAGAGAGGGGGUGGAGGUGGAGGUGCAGGAGGAGGUAAGAGACGGAGACGGGGUAAACAAGGAAGAGAUGCAGCGGCCGAGGAGCAGCCAGGUUGCAGAAUGCAGCCGUGGACCAGCUGGACGGACUGUACCAAACCAUGCGGAGGGGGGAUCCAGGAGCAUUUCAUGAUGGUGAAGAAAAGAGCUAAAGGCACUCAGAUGGCCAGCUGUAAGGACCGGAAGGAGAUCCGUGCUUGUAACGUUCAUCCCUGCUAGGGGGCACUGCUGAGCUACAGAGGAGGGGAGGGGAGCAGCAGGUUAAAUACAUGAAUUGUGAAAAUAUAGGUUUAUUUGAUAAAGAUGAUGAUGGGGAACUUUUUGUGUACAGGGAGUGAGGAGAGGGUGAGAUGAUGGGCUAGUCUGACACUUUGGAAACAGGAUGAGUUUAGGUAAGUAGAGGGGAAGGGAGGAGAGAGGAGGAAAAUAGGAGAAGAUGAUCAUGUUCUGUUUAGUAAGCUAUUGUAGGCAUUUAGUUAACAGGGCUGACAUUUACUUUAGACCACAAUGGAAGCAUUAGAGAGUAAUGUCUGUGUCCUGCAAAAAAACAAACAAGAAACAGCUACAUAGUAGCUUUGCCAUUGAUGCACACAUUGUUUUUGGUGUAUUUUCACUAGUUUUGUUCUUUGGGGUAUGAAAUAGGGAAUUGAUUGGCAAAAUUUGCACCUAUUUUCAAAAGAAAAUAUCCCACGGGAGUCUGGGAUGUUUGGCACGUGUCUGCUUUGUACUGAUACACUGACACAAAGAAGCCUUCUCCAAACUUUAUUAAUGAUAGAAUUCGUAGCAAUAGUCCGCCCUUGAAAUUACAUUUCUACGGUAAAAUAACUGGAUCAACUUUUUUCUGAUUCAUAUUCAUGCUAAAAUGGCAACUUGCUGCUGUGAAGUGUGAAAGAAGCAGAGUAAUCUGUAAGAGGAAACAAUGCGAACGGUUCAACUUAAUUUGACGUUUAGGAUGGAGGUUCCCUGAGGUGUGUGUGCAAAGACAUACUGGGGCAUCUGUUAGGGCGUAGCCUCUUCCUACCUACAAUAGGGAUGCGUACAUCUUGUAGAGCGAUACAGUGUUUCAUACAUCUGUGGUGUUUGUUCCCUGACACACACAAAGCACAACUACUCCGUGAAAACAGAAUUAAGCCUUGGGAGAAGCGCUUGUCUUAAAGGGGAACACCACCUAAAUGAAGUAUUCCAGUUUGUUAUUUCCAUUGCCUAAGAAAGUUCAAUAUGUGUGAACAUGUGCUACUCUCUCUCAAAGACAGAAGCCAGAGAUGUUAAGUGUCAAACUUGUGAAGUCAUCAAGUAUAAAGUCUGAAGCUGCUCCAUAGACAAUGAAUGGGAGAAUGUAAGAAUUGUGAAAAUGGGCUUUGUUCCCGUUUAAUGACAAACUCAAAGUCUUCGUGUUAAGUCCCUUUACAUAACCCGUGCGCUACAUGAAAUGAAUGAUUUCAGAUAAAACACAACUACAAAUAUGAAGCUAACAAAACAAGGCGAAAUAUUAAACAGACAAAAAACUGCAGCAACGAUGACAUUGGCAACGGUCACAAGAUACAGGCAGCAGAUGUGGAAAGACACAAUGACAGGGAACCUCAAAAGAAGCAAUACUGCACAAAAGCAAAAAUACAAUACAAAGUUCAAGCCUUGCAUUUAAAAGGGCACAGAAAGUAUUAUUAGCAACAUGUACUUAAAGUAUCACAAGUUAAAGUGCUGAGGUUAUUUUAACUCUAUCUAAUCUACUGUAUAACAGAACAUCAUAUGUAUAUGCUCACUAUGUGUUACAAUGUUUGCCUCUGAACUGUAGUAGAGUAAAAGUAAAACGCAGCCACAACAUACCCACCUACCCAGAUACCACUACACCACUGGAGGCUCCUCCCCAAAUCAAUUGAUGUUUACUUUUAAGAUGAGUUGUUGGUCUACUACCACAUAAAGAAUAAGACAUUUGAAUGAAAAUCCCUGGAAAGAGUAAUAUAUUCCCAGAAGUCAUUUUAAAAUCACUAACUUUCAACCCUUAAUACGGAAUAUUUUGAGUUUUCCACUUAAAAAUACAAACAGACUAAACAGAAGAUGUAGGAUUUCUUUUUUUCCUUUUUUGCAAGACAUAGAUGGUCAUACAGGAAGUCUCUAAAGACUUAUGGAUGUACUGUAUAUCUACUAUAUAACCAACACGUAUAAAUGACACUACUAUGUAAGCACUAAAAAACUAAAAUUAGUCUUUAUAUAGUGUACUGCUGUUUAUCUGUUGUUUCAGCUGAUGUAGCAUUAAACCUGCGAUCGCUCUCACUCUGUCAGAAGAUCGUAUUUUAGCAUGUGCAUAGAUAGUUAUGUUUGGUUGAACAUUAUGCUUUCUCUGCUGUAGAUGUUGUCUUAUCUUACAGAUAGCUAAAUUACUGUAUCUGCCUUUGUUGGUUACUGAAAAGAAAGACGGAGCUAAGUGUCACGUCUUACACAUUUCAGAGUUCUGGCUGCAAAAGAGAAAAACAGAGGUUUCCACAGUAUUCAAAACACAGUAGACUGUUAUUGGGGCCUUGGUUACGACACCAUUUAUUUCCAUUGUGCUGCCAUGAUGAGAGUGAUCUGUACAAUCUUUUUUUUAUUAUUAUUACUAAGCAGAUAUUGGGUUUCAAUAAGAAUGUCAUAACCAAAGUUCUAUUUUCUGUAGAUGUUUUCUUGACUUUCUUGCCUUCACUCUUUUCCUCUGUAUUAUGUGACUAUUUUCUAAGAAACCACCUUUACAAUAAAACAUGUAAAUGUGAAAA